ACGGCACAGCGCAACAGCUACCAGAAGCACCCGCAGGGACCAAACCCUUGCGCAAGCCACAAGGCCGAACGAAGAGACCAACCCAGCUGAACCCGACCGCCUCCUAAAAUCCCAAUCCCUUCGUCUCCCUUCAUCCCUUUCCUCACGAACGAAUCGAAUCACCCCUCCUCCUCCUCCUCUUCCACCGCGAAUCCCGAGCCCUCUCUCCCUUCGCCCGCAAGCAACGGCCGGAGGGGGUGUGCGUGCGGGCGGGAGAUGAGGUCGACGGACUCGCCGAGGUUCGUGCAGGAGCUGGUGCUCUACGCGGCCAGCGCCGCGCUCAGCUGCCUCGUCCUCUUCGCGGGCCUCCGCCAGCUCGACCCCAACCGCGAGUCCUCCAAGAAGGCGCUCCAGCAGAAGAAGGAGAUCGCCAAGCGCCUCGGCAGGCCGCUCGUCCAGACCACCCCCUACGAGGAUGUGAUUGCGUGCGAUGUCAUCAACCCCGACGAGAUCAACGUCGAGUUCGACUCCGUCGGCGGCCUCGACGAGGUCAAGCAGGCGCUCUACGAGCUCGUCAUCCUGCCCCUGCGCCGCCCCGAGCUCUUCGCCUUCGGCAAGCUCCUCUCCCCGCAGAAAGGGGUGCUCCUCUACGGCCCGCCCGGCACCGGCAAGACCAUGCUGGCCAAAGCCAUAGCCAAGGAGUCGGGCGCCGUCUUCAUCAACCUCAGGGUAUCCAAUCUCAUGAGCAAGUGGUUCGGUGACGCCCAGAAGCUUGUGGCCGCCGUUUUUAGUCUCGCUCACAAGCUCCAGCCCGCUAUCAUCUUCAUCGAUGAGGUUGAUAGUUUUUUGGGGCAGCGACGCAAUACAGACCAUGAAGCUAUGACUAAUAUGAAGACAGAGUUCAUGUCACUAUGGGAUGGUUUCACCACCGACCAGAAUGCUCGUGUGAUGGUGCUUGCUGCUACAAACAGACCUUCUGAGCUAGAUGAGGCCAUUCUCAGGCGCUUUACGCAGAUAUUUGAAAUUGGGGUUCCUGUUAGGGUUGAAAGAAGCAAGAUACUUCAGGUUAUAUUGAAGGGAGAAAAUAUCGAGCCUAACAUUGACUACGAUUAUAUUGCCAGUUUGUGCGAGGGCUUUACUGGAUCAGACAUCCUAGAACUGUGCAAGCAGGCUGCAUUCUACCCUAUCAGGGAGAUCUUGAACAGCGAAAAAGAUGGGAGGAGAGCAGAUAGUCCAAGACCCUUGAAGCAAUCAGAUUUGGAGAAAGCUUUGUCAACAUCUAGGAAGGGAAAGAAGACUGCAAGCGGUACAAUGUCAGGUCUACAGUCUCCUGUGUGGAUUCGGCCAUCAGAUCCUGAAGAUGACCAGGUACAGAAUGCAAUUUCUGAGAUAUCUAAGCUGAUGUCUCGCAUAGUUCAGAACAGUCAGUCGGAACCUCAAGAGCCAUCUUCUCCUUAAUCUAAAACCAGAAGGUUUUCGUUUUGCUAGAUCUCGUGAAAAAUCUGCAGUGGAGUAAGCGCUGGCAUUACACCAAUAUCGUUAGGUUUUCUUACGCAGCAUGCAAGAUUCAGCAUAUGUAUUGAUUCAGUUAGCGUCAUGGGGCUGCUCUGGUUUUUGAAGUUCCUGCAGCGGACAAGCUUGCACUGAUGUCUAAUUUUUAUCUUGUGUGUCAAAGCAUCAGAAUUCUAUCGUUAUGUAGAAAUAGUUGCCUAUUCACCUUGUAAUAUCUUUUGAAGUUUGACUGCUGUAGCCUGUAGCAGCUGUAGGUCAGACAAUACAUAAUGAAGAAAUGAGCAUCGUUCCAUGGUUCACAAACACAAUAUUUCUUCUCA